GACGACCUGAGCUAUCAGUGGCAUCGCCGCGUGCUGCUGGUGAAUGGGGAUGCGCAGAAGUGGAUUUGGCUCACGCCGGAAGGGGAGGUGGCCUUCGUGGACCUCUCCACCUACAGGGUCCUGGCGCUGCGCCGGGCUGGGCCUUUCCGUGCCCGGCACGCAGGGGACAUCUAUGUUUUCGACGACGUGCCGGCGGAGGAGAUGCAGGCCUACCUGGAGGAGGCUGGGGCGGUGGCGACGAUCUUGGGGUUCGACCUGGCCGGGGUCGUCGGGCUCCCGGGCGACAAGUGGUACGCGUGCGACGCUACGUCGCCGCACUUCGGGGGAAAGGUGCCGUCGCAGGUGCUCGCCAACGAGGAGGUCCUCGUGCGUCGCGGGGUUGUGGGACUCGUUCGCAUCGACGACGUCUGGCUCCACGCCGUCAAGGUUGCCGCGGGCCGGUCCUUCGACAGCUACCUUGCGCGGGCUCGCGGCGGCGCUGGGCGCGACCCUCGGAUCGUGGGCGGCCAGAGGGACCCAGACAGCCGCCGCUUCAUCGAAUUCCGCGACUCCGUCAAGCGCAUGAAGGAAGCGACGAUCCCAGGGUGGUCUCUGCAGGGGAAGAGGGCCGUCCUUUCCCUCCGCGACGGCGGCCAGGGCACGUGGGAGGACCAUCGCACGACUUGGCUUCGCCGCAGCGGCGUGGUCGAGCGGGGCAACGUGUGCCGCGAACACCACAUGGUCUGCGUGACGCUCAGGAUGAUGCAGCAGUUCGAUCAGCUCGACUUGUACAACAUCGCUGGCGCGGAGUACCUUAUCAGGGGGUUCGACCUGAUCUUCGACGCGGCCGUGGACGACACAGGCGGCAUGGUGCUGCCCGGGUUCGAGAGAUGGGUUUGGGACCAGGCCCGGGCGCGGGCUCAGACCAUGAAGGCGAAUCGGCAGUGGCAGGAGGAGGAGACGGCCGCGGCGCCGAAGGCCCCACCGAAGGGCCGCAGUGGCGGUGCGACUGGCUCUGGCGGAUA